AUGUUAACCACCAUCGAGUACCAACACGAAGCCACAAUCGCCAAACUCAAUUCCUCGACUUCGGGUGGUAGCGGUAGUGGAAGCAGCAGCAGUUCAUCUUCCUCCACCAGUAACGGAAAUAAUUCUCCAGGAUCUUCUUCCGAUCAUCAUCAACACUUGUUAUUGUUAGAUUCCUCUCCUUCUUCCUCUUCACUCCUUCCCUCAUUCAAAAAGAAGAAAACCACUCAUGGAUUACCCGUACAGAAUAUCAAAUAUUUAUCCACGAUGAAUUUACUCAAUAAACCCAUCACAGCCUAUCCGAAUCAUCAUCAUCAUGGAAAAUCCAAUUCGUCAUCAUCGGUUGGAAUUUCCUUGUUGAGUAGUAGCACUGGAAGCAGCAGUGGUUCCUCUUCAUCCGUAGCCUCAUCCUCUUCGUUGAAUUCUCAUCCGACCUCAUCGGGCGCAUUGCCUUCUCAUCUCAUUGCGGAUCCCUUGUUUUUGUAUAGUCAGCAACCACAAACAUCCAACACACAUUCUCAGGAUCAAAUUCUUGAACAAUUAUAUAGUGUUGGAAUGGUCGUGAAUUCUUCUUCAGCAAACAACAACCACAGUACUUCUACCAACAAUUCAACCAAUAUUGAUAUGAAACAACAAAUUUACAAGAACAAGACCUUUUCGAAACAAUUGUCAUUCGAUGUACAUGUGGCAGAAAUGGGUGGAAAGAAUGCAUCAAAUUCAACGUCAGCGAGCAGUAACCAAAAUUUUAAGAAUAUCCUUGUGGAUCCACAAUUAGACGAGUUGAUGAAUCGAUAUAGGUCACAAAUUAUGUGUCUCAAUACGUCUGAUAAUGGAAAAUUUGUGGUUUUUGCAUUGAGAACUGCACCUGAUACCUCAAACCAGACAAAUACUUCGUCACCAUCUAAACCUAAUUUAUUGAUUGUUAUUUAUUCGAGAAACCAACAAAUUCAGCAAGUAGUUUCCAACAUGUCAAAGAAUCAGCAAACAUCAGGUCAAACGUCCAUGUCACAAAAAAUUAAAACCAUUUUCAAUGGUUCUAGUUAUGAUUCUCCAGAAAGCAAAAAAGGCAAAAAGGGAAUUAUUGGAAAUUUACUUUCGCAAUUGAAGAGCGUCACUCCACCUCGUGGUAUGCAUGAAAUGGAUGUAUUGAGCUGGAAGAAAAAAUUGAAAAGUACCCAUUUUUUGAAUAAGAAUACUCGUGAACAAAAUAGAAUGUAUCAAGAUUCCUCAACUCAAAAACAAGGAGAAGCCAAUAAUAUUCACACGAGGUCUUCGUCACUAGGAGCUCUUCCUUCACAACAGCAGCAACAACAAAAUUACCAGACUGGAAACAUCAAUCUCAAUAAUUUACCUCCAGUUUCUGUGAAACAAAUUUUCAUUUCCAAUGACGGAUACAAUGUAGUUUGUGUCACUGAAAAUAAUGAUAUAUGGCUAUAUGAUUGCUUUCCUUCAAACAGAUCCAACAUUGCUAAUUUAUUUAAAUAUGAAAACUCCAUGUUUAGAAUUAAUCCCAACUCCACCAAUCAAAAACACAUGUCAACACCUAAUGUCGGAAAUAGUUCAGCUUCAUUUGGCUACUCGGACUCGAAAAGAAUGAGCGAAUCACGGAAUACCAUCAAUGCCACUCUCCUUCCUUCGAGUAAUGUGGAUUCACUACUGGAGGAGGAAACCUAUCAUCGAUACUUGAUGCGUACCAAUAAUCAAGGAUUGUUUGCCAUUGACGAUUUUGGAGUGCAUUAUCACAGACAUUCCGUUGUUGGAAAUGAUUUAUUACCAACUCCACGUGAUCCAAUCCUCAGUGUGGGUGGAAUGGGAUUACAUUUUCCAGCGGCAUCGAGCUCUUUUGCAUCAUCUACAAUGGGAAAUUACUUACAAUAUUCUAUUGAGGAAUGGACCAUACUUCCGUCACAUUUGGAUGGCUUGGAUUCCUUGAAUCAUCGUGCCAAAGAAAGCUCAGAAGCAAAACAUGUGCUGUUACCGAACGAGGAUAUUUAUUUUGACAUUAAAUUUUGUCACAGCCCCAUCCAUGGAAGAUUUUGCCAAAUCAGUUCUGCCAUUGUCAGCAAAAUGUUUGUUAAACAAGAGAUUUAUAACAAGAUGCAAUCGCUCUUCCAAGCUGGAAGCCCAGAAUCUGAAAAGAAUGCAAAUCCUUCGAACACAAGCAUGGGUGUUAUCAAUAGUAACAAUGCAUCUAUUAUGAAACAUCAUAAUACGGGAUUAUCCUCUUCCAACGAUGAAGAUAUGCUUCUCUCUUCAUCGUCAUUAUUGAAGGGUCAAGGAAAUGUGCUGAAAGAAAGUGCAUCACUGAAGGAUAGCAGUGACGAAGAAGAAGAAAAAGAACGUCGUUCACAUAUUAAGAGUCGAAGAAGUCCCUCUGUUUUCAGACACAUGUCCAAGGCUCAAAUCAGCACUACGGAUCCAUUGCAUUCAGAAUUUAAUGAUGACCAUUCACCCUCCUCGGACAGCAACAAACCAGUCUCAAGGCAAGCGUCACUUGUCUCACUUCCAAAUAGUGUUAAAAUUCCAAAACUCAAACUAGGAUCCACCGACUCAGAUCGAAGAAAUGAUCAAGAAGAGAAACGUGAAAUGGUUUUCGAGACAUUUAGAAACGAUAUUCCAGCCUCAAAAAAGGCAAGCGGAAAGAAUAUUGGAAGAAUGUCCAUGAUUUUAUCACGUUCUGGAAUUGCAUCUGCACUGGAAACCUCUAACAGUGGAUUGUCCACACCAAGAUUAAUCAGUCGAGUAGGAACUUUUUCAGGCGCUUCAGCAGAUUCAAUCAUUUCUACCUAUUUUGAUGAUUUCAAUAAUUUACCAUCUCCGCCUUCGUCCCCUAUGUUACGUGCCGAUAUGGAUACUCCUCCAAAUAUUCUCUCUCGAUGUCUUGUCAUCACCAAUUGUACAGUUUAUUUAUCAAAACGAAAGUUUAGCAAAUCGGCGAAUAGUUUUAACACAAAUCCAAUUCCAACACCUCGUUUCCCCAUUAUCGACCAUUGUCCAUUCCAUCUCAAUAUUGACAGAACCUACACGGUAUUGGAUAAGGUUUUAGAGGAAGAGGAUCAAUCUCUUUCGAAAGCAUUUCACACGGCGGCCAAACAAAAAAACAUUCCAGAAUGUGUUGUGAGAUGGGACAAUGAAACAUCCAUGCUUUGUGUGGUGGCCAAUAGUUUUGACCAUAGCUCUCUAUUCGAGUCCAAAGUAUUUUUCUAUUCACCGCUCCGCAGAAAAUCCUUCUGUUUGGUGUAUGGUACAAAAUCUCUCGAAUGCCUACCCAUGAGCCGUACCUCUAGAAAUCCAAUCGAAUUGGUUUCAUUCUCUGUUCAAGACAUGUGUUGGUCCAAUAAUAGUCUCUUCGUGUUGCUCAUUGAUGCGAGAGGAAACAUGUCCAUGAUUGGACGAUUGAACGAAUUCAUGUUCAUGAAAGAUAAGCAAGUGCUGCAACAAAGUGUUGUUUCCAACUUUGUACCAUUUUACAAAAAUGCUUCUGAAAGUAGAGAUUUGGAAACUACUCGUUUCUCCAUUACAUCUCAUCCUUAUCAAGGGCAAUUUGUGAUUUCUGAUGGGUACAAAGUCAAGCUCUUUAAUUAUGUUUCUGAGAGAGAUGAAAUUGAUCUUACAACCAUUCUUUCAUCAUAUCAUGGAUCAUGUUUUGGAAUUGAGCAAUAUAUUUUCCAUGCUACCUAUGCCAAGAAAUCAAAGAUUGAUACUGCUCUAGAAAUUUGGAGAUUGUGCGUGUCACAUCCUCAACUGUCGCGAUUUCAAAAACAGAAUCACAACUAUUUGGAAUUUGUGAUCAAAAAGCUGAGUGAAUAUAUCUUGAAUCAUGGAGAAUCAUUUUCAAAAAGAAUUUCCAUGUUUUUCGACGUGUUGCAAGAUAGUUUAGAUUGGUCAAUUAACGGGGUCCAAAAUCCAAACUUUUUAUUGCCUUACUUGAUCAAAUUGACAGAACUCGUAUUCAGACGACUAUUGAAAAAGGAGAAAACUAAACAAUAUCAGAGAUUGGCAGAAUUUUUGCAAGAGACUGAGAGAAAAUGUAACGAAUUGGUUCAUUACUGCCAAUCAUGCUUUGUUUGGGAUACGAACACUCUGGGAGAUACUGAGGCAGAUUCCAUUCGACAGUCACCCAUUAUUUUGUUUGAUUGUUGGGUAGAGUUAGGUCAAUGUGUUCAGAAAGCGCUUUCCAAGAUUGCUAGCAAACCUACCGAUAAAACUGCCACGAUUAUUAAAUUGAUCAACAGUGAAAAGAAGAAUACGAAACAAGAAAACUCGACUACAAGCUUACUAUAUGAUUCCAGUGACGAGGAUGAAAAGAAAAAACCUUCAAAGAGGUACAAUUCAGAUAGUGACGAUUCUAAUGAUGAUGAUGGCGACGGUAGCAGUGACACUUCAACCGAGUAUCUGGGUGAUGACUAUGAAGGACUGCCAGAAAAUGUUAAAGUUGUCUCAUCUGAUGACGAAAGUGAAGGAUUAGAAUCUAAAUUGAAAGAUUUGCUUGAAAUUGUCAUUCAAAAACUUAAAAACAGAACUGCCUAUCUGACAAACAAAUUCUCUCCAGGCAAUACUUUCCAAGAACGAUAUGCCACAACUUUAAAUCCACGAAGUAAGAGCAUUUACAAAUUUUCAGCCUCUGAUGUGAAAUGCCUCUUGACAGGCAACAAUCAGUACAUGCUUGGAAAUUAUAAGAAGGCUGUGAAAUACUAUUCAAGAAUUCAUGAAUCUAACGAAGAAAAUUCACCCAAUUCCUCAAACUCUAUUCCUUCCAGCAUCAUUUCUUACUACACCAAAACCACUGUACUUUUCCUUACUUAUUUAUUCAUGUAUGACAUUACAGAAGUUUUUAGAGUUCUUAACGAUCAAAUGCACACAGGUAUUGUGGAUUUAGUAAGAAGUUCAGGAGUUCUCAUGGAGCAUCACAAGACGAAUAUCAGUAAGGGGCUUGGAUCUGGAGUUUUGAAAUCACAUGCCAACAUGAAUAUUGUAAAUGCAGUUAUCACAUUAUUGACAUCACUCUAUGAAAAAAAAGACGUAUAUGUCUUAUCUCCAGUGUUCUACCAAAUUCUUGUUGACAAGAUUGCAGGAAAUGAUGUGAAAAACAUUAGCAUUGAUUUGGUUUGCAAUGAUCCUGGACCAACCUCUCAAAAUUCUGUCAUGUCCUAUUACUACAUUCCACUGAAUAUGAGAUCAUUCAAGAAUAGUUUCGAAGCAGAAAUGAAAAAGAGAUCAGUGAAUGGUAAAUCCAUUGUAACCCAACUCUUAUUGGAAACUGGCAGAAUUCAUGAGGCCAUUCGUUUUUGUUUACGUUUCGAUUACAAGAAGGCAUUUACCAUCUUCUUGGUGACCAAUGGAAUGCUUGGAAGUAAGGACUCGGCAUCAGGAUUGUCAGACUCAUCGGCUUCCACCAAUUCUCAAGCAAGUAAUAACAGUGUGAAAGCAGUUCCAAACAAAAAAGUCAUUGGCUCAGCAGCUUCGCAACAACAACAACGGAAACCUGUCUAUGAUACUCAACAAAUUGUAAACAUUUAUAAGGAAUUGUUAUAUGAAUAUUUGGAUAAGGAGGACAGUAAGGAAGUGAAUACUAUUUUGAGUACUACAGAUUUCUUCAUUUCCAAACAAAGUGACGAAUUAAGAGUUGGAGCUAUUGAAACCUAUCUCAGAAAAUUGCAAUUCAUGCUGAAAGAAACGUGUUCACUUCUUUUCGUUUCAAAAGAAGACACUGGUAAUAUUGGAUCGAGCACGGAUAAAAGUAGAAGAGCUCGUGCCUCCAUUGUCAAGGAAAAGAAAACAACUAGAAAGUUGAGUGACUUGUUGGAUAAGGAGUUUCUCAUUACAGAGUCGCAUUUCCUCUCAAAUAUUUGCCAAUUUAUCACUUCUCAAAAACCUAACAAACCAUCAAGAAAGCAACGUGAAUAUCAUCUUUCACUGCUUGAUGCCAUUCGAUCCGGAAAUCUCUUGCCUCACAUCACUUACAGAGAAUACAAGUUAAAAUAUUUGAGAAGAAUCAAUGAAGACGUUAGCGCCUUUGAUGAGGAAGACAGUCAUGCAUUCAUGUCACGAGGAGAUUCUCUCAGUAACCAGCCACUCAUUACCGUAAUUGAAAAGGAAUGUGAAAAGAGUGUUCGAUUUUUACUGAUGGAUCAACUUGUGAUUUUUUCAAACAUUCCUAAUUUGACAUUUGUUGAUUUAUUGAAGUAUUACCAAAACGAAUAUUGUUUCAUCAAGCCACGCACAAAAUUGUCGCUUAUCGAAGAAAAAGAGAGUCAACUCAGCCUCUACAUUAAGCCAUUUAGAUUCUUGUGCAGAUUUUUAUGGUAUUGUCACAUUACAGAAGAAAUUUCUGCCAUCACAUCUAAUAAUCAAACCAAUCCAUUUAAAUUAUUGUACAGUCAUGCCAAACAAACUGAAAACUCAUCUGAAGAUAAUUCUGAGUACAUUGAUGAUCUCACAGAUACUCUCGUGUAUACGUGCGAGUUGUUUGCCUUCUUACUUGAUUUUAGAGAAUUUUUCACAAGAACUUUCUUGGAGUCUACACUUCUUACCAUCUUGACCGUUGCGAUCAAUAUUUCACACAGCUCCAAAGAUGACGAGCAACAAGAGAAUAACAUGACACGUCAGUCCAUUGCUGCAAGCAACACCUCUGACAUGAAUGCUGUUAAUGACCUAUCAACCGCAACAACGGAUGAUACAAAGAAAGUCAACAGAACCUCCAUGAUUGCAGAAACUGUUUGUCGAAUUUUAGGAAAACACAUGCAUGAUUCACAACAAGUAGUUCCCCAUCUCGGAAAACGUUACAUGCAGCUCUAUAAGGCACUCGAUUUAGAUACUCUCAAUUCGAACAUUUCCCAAUACGAACAGUACAGAAAAUACACGACAGAUUCCAUACAAAUCAAUGACAAGGAUACAGGAGCUUCAAUUUUGUGGGCCUGUGAAGCUGAAGAGUCAUAUUGGACCUUCUUGAAUGUCUUCUUCAACGAUGUGCUUUCGAGUAGCUCUGGAGGAACUAAAGAUUUAAUGAGCAACAUUACUGCAGCCAUUUCCAAGAAUGAAACUUCGUCAAAUUCCCUCAUUGCUGACUCAUUGACCACCUUGAAACAUAGUUUGCAGAAAAUCAAAAUGAAAACCUUAAUAGAAGGACAUUCAAGUGGUGUCACCGAGAGCGGUAAUCUUAGUGCAAAGAGUAACCACACUAAGGAAGAGACACUUCAGCAAUCAGGAGUUCAGAAAGCACAACAACAACAACAAUCUUAUCAUCAACACAGUAACUCUGAAGACUCAACUGCCAGUAAUGGAACUUCGGCUAGACGUCAAUUAUCUGCUCGACAGCUCAUCAACGAUUUUAACACAAUUAUUGCAUCAAACAAUAAUAACUCACAAGUAGAUUCUGGAAACAAUAGCAGCAGAAAAAUUCCAAAUCGUAGAAGCAAGUCCAUUGCUUCUUCCUCAACAGCAACAAAUUCUAAACAAGACGAAGACUCCAACAAUAAUAACAGCAGCAGUAACAAAUUAAUCAAGACACAACAAGAUCAUCCUGAAAUGGAAGAAACUUCACCAAGAAACAAACUUCGAGACGAUUAUGAAAAUGCAAAAGAAAAAUAUCCACUCAACAAAAAGAGAAGUGGCACUCUCAACGCAUCUGCAUCAGAAAAUGAUUCUGCUUUGGGACUUGUCAUGGGCAGCAUGGAUCCAGUGGUCAUUUCCAACAGUUCUCUCAUGAAAGAUUAUUCGGAUGAAAAGAAGAGAUCCUUCUCCAUUAAGAAUUUAUUCAAUAUUGGACAAAACAAACAACAACAGACUAAAAAUCAAACAACAUCUUCGUCAACUCCACCAAAAACUCUCGAAAAGAAGAACUCCAAUGUGACAGAGACACUUGUCACGGCUGCUUCACUCGGCUCACCACGAAGAACAAAUUCCACAGUUUCUUAUUAUGAUUUGGCAUCACCAAAGAAAAAGCCAUCCAAUUAUCCACCUUAUUUGCAUAACACGAGCAAUAGUGGUGAUGACAAUAUUAUUGGAGAAACCUUAAAGAUGCAUUCUGAGGAAGAUCCUCAUGAAAUUGUGGUGGAAGAAGCAGAAUCAGACGAUGAUGAUGGAAAUGGAAUGAGUAGCGAUGAGGAAGAUCAUCGAGGAAGAAAGAAGAGUUAUACAACCAUUCACAUUUGA